UUAGAUGCUAAAAAAAUCAUGUUUCACUAAUUAUACAGAUUCUCCAUCUCCAUUUUUCAUGUUAUAAACACUGUCGGUGGAUGCCUCAGCCAUUUUCUAUUUUAUUUAUCAGAAUUCGUUGACUUCCACCUCAUUGCCUCGUUGUCUGAAUUAUUAGAUGCUCAAAAAAAUUAUUGAGCUGACUUCUUCAACUUUCACUAAUUAUACAGAAUCCAUCUCCAUUUCUUUCUUCUUUCUUCCCUGAAUUUCCUUUUUUGGCUUCUUCAAUCCUCUCUUCACCGUCUUUAUCAUUAUUUCAUCAUGUCUGUCAUUGGAGAGGCUGCUCUGUCUGUGUUUUUGGAGCUGUUGGGGGGUAAGUUGCUCAACUCUGCACUCAACUUUGUUGCUGAUCAUAAGCAACUCUGCCACCAGCUCAAGCAGUGGCAGUCCAUAUUGCCUGAUAUCCAAGCAGUGUUAACCGAUGCUGAGGAGAAGCAGAUCAAGAACGAGGGUGUGAAGAAAUGGUUGGACGACCUCCAGGACUUGGCUUACGAUGUGGAUGACAUCUUGGACGAGUUCGCUUAUGAAGAGUUACGUCUCAAGCUCCAAAAACCUCAAUCUCAAGCCAGCACUAGCAAGGUACGGAAACUCAUUCCUACCUGCUGUACCAGUAGUGAUUUCACUCCCACUUCUUUCCUGUUUAAGAAUUCCAUGAUUCCAAAGGUGAAAGAGAUCACUGAUAGACUGAAUAGUUUGACCAAUAGAAGAAGAAGUUUGGGGUUGAGUGACAUCUUGUCUCAAGCUCCAACCUCCAAGGGAAAGCAACCUAGGCUGCAACCAACUUCCGUGGUGGAUGGAGCUGUGGAGUAUGUCGGUAGACACAAGGAGAAGACAGAAAUGAUUGAGUUGCUCAAAGGCGAUACCUCCAAUGGAGUUUCAGUCCUUUCCAUCGUGGGCAUGGGAGGGAUGGGUAAAACAACUCUUGCUCAGCUUGUUUACAAUGACGCCACCAUCAAUCAGUCUUUUGAUCUCAAGGCCUGGGUAUGCGUUUCUGAUAAUUUUGAUGCAAUUGCUAUAACAAAGGCAAUUUUACAGUCCAUCACUUCUGAGUCAUGUGAUUACAGUAACUUGGAUUUACUUCAAGUUAAGUUGAAGGAGAAGUUGUCUGGGAAAAGAUUCUUGCUUGUUUUAGAUGACAUUUGGAACGAGAAUUAUAAUGAUUGGACCAUCUUACGGUCUCCAUUUGGAGCAGGGACCGCUAUCAUUGUAACCACUCGUCUUCAAAUUGUUUCAUCUAUUGUGGAUCCGCUUAAAGCUUUUCAUUUGGAUAAGCUAUCAGAUGAUGAUUGUUUAUCCAUAUUUACACAGCAUGCACUAAAAGCAAUAAAUUUCAACGGACAUCCCCACUUCAAAGAAAUUGGAGAGAAAAUUAUUAGAAGGUGCAAUGGCUUGCCUUUGGCUGCAAAAGCUAUUGGAAGCUUGCUACGCACAGUUAAAUAUCAUCGAGAAUGGGAAAGAAUAUAUGAGAGUGAGAUAUGGAACUUACCAGAAGAGCAGUGUGGCAUAAUUCCAGCUUUGCUAUUAAGCUACCAUCAUCUUCCGUCAUACUUGAAACGAUGUUUUGCAUAUUGCUCCAUACUUCCUAAAGAUUAUGAAUUUGAAGAAGAAGAAAUUAUCUUGUUAUGGAGAGCAGAAGGUCUCUUGCAACAAAAAGCUAUGCCUCAAGUUAAAGAUAUUGGAAAUCAAUAUUUUCAAGAUCUAGUGUCGAGGUCAUUUUUUCAGAUAUCCAGUAAAGAUGAGUCCCGAUUUGUAAUGCAUGACCUUAUCAAUGAUUUAGCUCAAGUAGUUGCAGGAGAUAUAUGCUCCAAACUGGAGUCUGAUAAGCAACAAAAGUUUUCACAUCGCACUCGACAUUCUUCUUAUAUUGCUGGAAGUUAUGACACUGUGAAAAAGUUUGAAGCAUUUGAUCAAGUCAAUUCUAUACGUACUUUUCUACCUAUAAGGUUGUCACGUUAUUCGAGGUCUCUUUUAACUAAUGUUGUUUUGGUUGAUUUGUUGCCAAAACUUGGCUACUUAAGGGUGCUUUCUUUGAGUGGGUAUGAAAUAGAUGAGUUUCCUGAUGUUUUUGAAAAUUUAAAGCAUCUUCGCUUCUUGAAUUUUUCUUACACUCGUAUCAGAUGCUUACCAGAUUCUUUGUGCACUCUCUACCAUUUGGAAACUUUAUUAUUAAAGAAGUGUUCCAAGCUUCAAAAGCUACCCUCGAAGAUGGAAAAGCUUGUUAACUUGCAAUAUCUGGAUAUCAGAGGUGCAAACUUAAUAGAAAGGAUGCCUUUCGGAGUUGGUAAGCUAACCAAUCUUCAAAGGUUAUCAAAUUUUAUCAUAGGGGAAGGUGAUGGACAUAGUAUCAGAGAAUUGAAAUAUUUGUCAAACCUCAAAGGUGCUUUUUGUCUUUCUGGGUUGCAGAGUGUUAAGGGUGAAGAUGCAGGGGAAGCCAAGUUAAAUGAGAAGCAGGGGAUUGAUCGAUUGGUAUUGAAAUGGAGUUGGGACUUUAAGAAAGAUACAAGGAAAAAAGAAGUUGAAGACUCGGUGUUAGACUCUCUUCAUCCUUCGAAAAAGCUUGAACAACUCGUCAUUGAGAAUUAUGGUGGUGCAAAAUUCUCUACUUGGAUUUCAGAUUCUUCCUUCAAGAAUAUGUUGUCAUUGGAGCUUCACGACUGUAAAAAUUGCAAAUCCCUACCAUCGAUUGGAAGGUUAUUGUUGUUAAAAGAUCUUUCAAUUAGUGGUUUAGAUCAAGUACACAAGAUUGGUGCUGAGUUGUUUGGAGAAAAUCAAUCAAAUGCUUUUGCAUCAUUAGAGUCUCUGAGUUUUCGCAAAAUGCUGAAUUGGGAGGAGUGGGACGUAUGUGAAGACGAUGAGCAAGUAUCGAAAUUCCCCAGCCUUCGUUUUCUUUCAAUCAGAGAAUGUCCUCUAUUGCUGGGGAGGUUGCCAACCAUCCUUCAAUCAUUGCAGAACCUUCAAAUCUAUGAGUGUAAGAAACUGGUAGUUUCAAUUUCAAGUUUUCCCUUGCUGUGUGAAUUAAGCGUUGAAGGGUGUGAAGAAUUGGUGGAUGAAGGUUCUUUGUCUGUACAGAAGGUUACCUCUUUGAAAUAUGUGUCUCUUUCAAAUAUUUCAAAGUUUAAUAUUUCAGCAGAGAAGAUAAUGUUGAGAUUUGCAAACUCUGAAACAUUCUACAUCUCUGGUUGGAAGGAGUUGGGAUCUUUAUCACAAAAUGGGUUAAGCAUAGUUGGGCAUCGUUUCAUCAUGAUUAGGAAUUGUCCGCAAUUGGUCUCUUUGGAAACAGAGGAGGAGAUAGUGCAACUUGAAAAGAUUCCAGGUGUUAAAUCUCUGGUAAUAAAUAAUUGUGAAAGGCUCAAUAGAUUACCAAAAGUCUUACAUGCUUUCCCGUUCAUUACGAGAAUAUUACUUAAAGAGUGUCCAGGCUUGGUUUGUUUUACAGAGAGUAACUUUCCUCCUGCUUUAAAAGAGCUGAGGAUUGAGAAUUGCGUGAAUUUGCAAUAUUUGGUUGAUGAAAAAGAAAAUAAUAAUAAGAGUAUGAGUAGCAACAUUUGUCUUCUUGAGCACUUACAAAUAAGCUACUGUCCAUCUCUAAUAUGGUUAUCAUCAAGGGGCGAUAUAUGCAAUCGGCUUCAACAUCUAGAAAUUGGAAGUUGUCCAAAGUUAAUUAGCGUAUUUUCAAACGCCAAGUUACCCGUAAUGCUUAAACAUCUAGUUAUUUCGGAAUGUCCAGUGUUGGAAUGCAUAGCCCAAGACUUCCUUGAAACCACUGAUCUCGAAAUCCUUUCAAUUAGGAAUGCUGAAAAAUUGAAAUCAUUACCGCGGGGAUUAGACAAGCUCAGCCAUCUUCAGGAGAUUAAAUUAUUUGGGUGUCCAAAUCUGGUUUCAUUUGAAGAAAGUGGGUUGCCCACCACAAAUCUCAGAGUACUCAGGAUUUCCAAUUGUGAAAAUUUUGAAGCCCUUCCCAAGUGCAUCAACAACUUCACCUCCCUUCGAGAUUUAGAGCUGCGGGAGUGUUCGGCUGACAUAUCCUUUCCAGAAGAGGGUUUCCCUACCAACCUCACAUCACUUGAAAUCUCAAACGCGCCCAGAAUUUAUACAUCACUUGUUGAAUGGGGAUUUAACAGACUCACCUCUCUUCAACUACUCAACAUCAGCUGUGAAGGAUGCUCACGUGCGGUGUCAUUUCCAAAAGAAGCGAUAGGAAUGAUGCUGCCUCCUUCUCUCACCGAUAUCAGCAUCAGUAGAUCUGAGAAUUUGGAAUUCAUAUGCUCCAAGGGCUUACAGCACCUCACCUCUCUUCAACGACUGGGCAUCUAUGGUUGUCCUAAGCUCGCCUCUCUUCCAGAAAAAGAUAUGCUUCUCUCGCUUGAGGAGCUAUAUAUUUCUAAUUGCCCGUUGCUAGAAGAAGGGUGCAGUAGGGGUAAAGGACGAGAGUGGUCCAAGAUUUCCCACAUACCUUUAGUGGAAAUUAAUCAUAAAACAGUCAUCCCGAGGGGAUUAUAUGGGAAUUUAAUGGACAAAAUCUUGUAUCAAGCUCUCCACAGGCAUUGAAGGCUAAAUUGGCAAAAAAUAGUGGAGAACUUCAACUCAUCUACUUCAGCUUAUUUGAUUUAGUAAAGCGUUAGUCAAUUCUCUGCAACAUUUAUUCAGCAAAUUGAAUGUUCUGUUUUCAUUUGCAUCUUCUAAUUUCUAAGCUAUUUUGGUAUAUGAGAAUGGGAUUUUAGUUAAAAAUAUUUUACAUUUCGUAGUACUAUUACCCAAUUGUUUUUCAGAAGAACAAGUCUUUUACGUGAUAGUUUGAUCCUUCCAGGAUUAAUGGAGGGAUACAGUACAUGUUACAACAUGGCAUUAGAGAGCUCAAUUUAACACAUGUAAGACAACAGAGUUCCCAAAAUAUUGUUCUGUCCAAUCUCAAAGAUAUCCAUCUUAGUUUUCCGAAUUUCUCAGACCAUGAAUCCAUUCAAAGGCUGCAUCAAUUCACUUGAUAAGGAAUUGCUUCUUUGAUCAUGUGGAUUGAGCGACAUAAUCAAACUCACUGUCUCAGUGACUGACUAUGUGACUUUAUCUAAUCCGCUUUUACUUAAAGGUACAAAAAUACUUUAUACGAUUUCAUUUUCUAGCCAAAAUUAGCAGCGACUAAGUGACUCACUAUAUCUCGACUCUUUUGCUUUUGACUUUGAGGUAUGAGUUAAAUGAAUCAAAUGAUAUAUAUACUAUAGCAGUUUGGAACUAGUUUCAUUGCAGCUCUCUUUUAAUGUUGCUUUUCAGCUUUCCGGUCGGUAGAUUGCCAUAUUACCAAUCUUUAUAUGAAUUUCCCCUGCUUUGGAAGGCUUCAACUGUGAUGUUAUCAAUGUUUAUGAUAGGGUAAAAGGCCAAAUGGUACCACUGGGGAGGUGUACGUACCUUUGGGUGAUAAAGCCUUGAAUGGUGGGCAUCCAAAGAGGGCAAUACCAGCUUAUGGGCACAACAACGGCACAACGUGGUAAGUUUGGUUUCCAAUGCUUUUAGUAUCAUCUAUUUCUAUCUACACAAAUCAUGAGUCUGUCUUAGGUCUCCAUUGAUGAUUGAUAAGAGGCUAGGAUGUUUUAAAUAAAGUAUUUUUUUUUUUUUUACAUUUUGAGUUGGUCACUUGUUAUUUAUUAUUGCCAAGUAUUUCUCAAUAUGCGGAAAGCAUCAUUUAGAAAA